AUGAGCUACGCUAUUACAUUCGGGGAUAACAAUUCAGGGUUGCAGCUUGGCGUCAAUAACGGGACUCUCAAUUUUAACUCUGUAGGGAACAUGCAGUCGACCAUGUCCGGAGCUGGUGACUCUUCAUCGGGAAUGGGGCUUCGUCUGUUGUCUUUGGAUGGAGGAGGCGUCCGUGGCUUCUCAAUCAUUCUAAUCAUUAGGAAUCUCAUGGAGAGAAUAGACAGGGAGAACCCACCUGCGCCAUGCAGAUAUUUCGAUUUGAUCGGUGGAACGUCGACUGGAGGGUUGAUUGCGAUCAUGCUGGGUCGCAUGCGAAUGACCAUCAAAGAGUGCGAGAUAGCUUACAGGAAGCUGUUGCAUGUCUUUACCCCAGUUCGUGGUGAUACCGGGACCUAUAGAUUCGACCACAGGGCAUUUGAACAUGCGAUUAAAAUCAUGCUGGUCGACCAUGGCAUGGAUCCGGAAUGUCUUCUGCAGGAUCCGAGUGCAGAAGCCUGCAAGACCUUCGUUUGCGCUACAAGCGAACACUUAGCCGAGAAGAUCAUUCUAUCGAGCUAUUGGAAUGAAAGACGAGGUGGAGAACUCUUCAACGAGACGAAAUUAUGGGAGGCAGCCAGGGCGACAUGUGCAGCGAUAGGCCUCUUUGAACCGAUUACAAUUUGCGAAGAAUCUUUCGUCGAUGGUCAGACUGGCACGAACAACCCGGUCCAAGAGACUUGGGCAGAAGCCGCAGACAUAUGGCAGUUGAACAACGGCAGACUCAGAUACAAUGUGCAAUGUUUAGUCUCUAUCGGAACUGGCAUUCCUGGAUAUACUGCCUUUGCACCGAGUCUUUCUGAGGUCGCAAAAACGCUGAAAGCCAUUGCUAUGGAGACUGAGGAGACGGCAGAUCGGUUUCGCAGGCAUUACACUGAUUUAUUCCAAGCAAGAAGAGCAUUCAGAUUUACUGUCGGUCGAGGAUUGAACGAUGUUGGACUGGAGGAUCUUUCUAAGUUGAGUCUUAUCAAAGCUGCCACUAGGAACUAUUUGAGAAUUGAUGAAACAUCCGUUGAGAUGAGACAUUGCGUGGAAAGGAUGGAAGAAGGAGGGCACAAUGCGUCUUUUGCUUAG